CUGUGCCUGCCGGAGGGGCGACUGCUCAGUCCCCACAGACACGCGGAGCGGCACACCUCCACCUCCACUACCACUCCCCCCCGCACCCCCUCCCACAGUAAAAGCGCCUCCUCGGUGUCUCCGGCCGCUCCGCCGCUGCUAACUCCUCCCAUUCCCCUCUCUCCGGCCGCUCCACCGCUCUAGGGUUUUAGGGCUGGUUCGGGGAAGGCGGGCGCCCCGGCGGCGACGACGACGGGGGGCGGCGCCGGCGAGGUGGAGCCUCUGAGCGAUGGAGGAGGAGGACCAAUCGGCAGUGCUGGUCGCUGAAGGUGCCAUCAAGAGCAUCAAGAUCACCCUCUCCACCUCGGAGGAGAUCUGUACCUACUCUAUAAAUGACUGUCCUGUUACUCAUCCUAGCCAGCUUGGGAAUCCUUUCCUUGGCUUACCACUGGAAACAGGCAAAUGCGAGUCAUGUGGUGCCACGGAAAACGGCAAAUGCGAAGGGCAUUUCGGGUUCAUUGAGCUGCCUGUACCUGUAUAUCACCCGUGUCAUGUCAGUGAGCUUAGGCAACUACUGAGCAUGGUAUGUCUGAAGUGCCUUCGUAUCAAGAAAGGAAAGGUUAAACAAAAGAAUGGAAAGGAAAAUGUGACGGUAACGGCAUGUCACUACUGUCGGGGUCUCCCUGCACUAUAUUUGAAGGAAAUCAAGACAGAAGAUGGUGCAUUUCGUUUAGAGUUGAGAGCACCCCCAAAGAAACACAUGACAGAACGCUCUUGGGACUUCCUUGACAAAUAUGGGGAUUUUCACCAUGGUGGAGCCUCUCACUGUAGGACAUUGCUUCCAGUAGAGGCUUUUAAUAUAUUAAAGAAGAUUCCGGAUGACACGAAAAAAAAGCUAGCUGCACGGGGAUACAUUGCUCAGCCUGGAUAUGUGAUGAAAUAUCUUCCAGUACCACCUAACUGCCUCUAUAUUCCAGAAUUCACAGACGGGCAGAGCAUCAUGUCCUAUGACAUCUCUAUAUCUUUGUUGAAAAAGAUACUUCAAAAGAUAGAGCAAAUAAAAAAAUCAAGAUCUGGUUCCCCCAACUUUGAGUCGCAUGAUUCUGAAUCAGCUGAUCUGCAACUUUCUAUCGGCCAAUAUAUACAGCUCAGGGGAACUACAAAGGGUCCUCAAGACGCAAAGAGAUUUGCAGUUAGCACAGAUUCAUCUCAUUUGUCAACAAAGCAAUGGCUCGAAAAGAUGAGAACGCUGUUCAUCAGCAAAGGGUCAGGAUUUUCAUCACGCAGUGUACUUACUGGAGACCCGUAUAUUGGAGCAGAUGUAGUUGGACUGCCUUCUGAAGUGGCAAAAAGAAUUACCUUUGAAGAACAGGUCACAGAUAUCAACAUAAAUAGAUUGCAAGAGGUUGUUGACAAGGGAUUGUGUUUGACUUAUAGAGAUGGUCAAACAACAUAUGCAAUCACUGUAGGAUCAAAAGGAUAUACCACUCUUAAAGUGGGUCAAACGAUCAGUAGAAGAAUUGUUGAUGGUGAUGUUGUUUUCCUCAACAGGCCACCUAGUACUCACAAGCAUUCUCUCCAGGCAUUUACUGUAUACAUCCACGAUGAUCAUACAGUCAAAAUCAACCCCCUUAUAUGCUCUCCUCUUGCAGCAGAUUUUGAUGGUGAUUGUGUGCAUAUUUAUUAUCCUCAGUCACUUGCUGCUAAAGCUGAAGCAUUGGAGCUUUUCAGCGUGGAGAAGCAACUGACUAAUUCACACAACGGAAAAGUAAAUCUCCAGCUAGCGAAUGACAGCUUGCUUGCUCUGAAGCACAUGUCUUCUAGAACCAUGUUAAGCAAAGAAUCAGCAAACCAGCUGGCAAUGCUCUUGUCGCUUUCUCUUCCUCCCCCUGCUGUGGUCAAGUCUAAGCCAUGCUGGACAAUUGCACAAAUAAUGCAAAGUGCGUUGCCAGCAGAAUUGACUUGUGAAGGGGAUAGAUUCCUAGUUAGGGACAGCACUGUUAUAAAACUGGAUAUUGACAAAGAAUCCGUUCAGGCCUCGUUUUCGGACUUGGUGUCCUCAAUUCUUGCUGUUAAGGGACCAGGAGAUGCGCUCAAGUUUUUGAAUGCGCUGCAACCCCUUCUGAUGGAAUUCUUGCUUCUGGAUGGCUUUAGUGUAAGCCUGCAAGAUUUUAGUGUACCCAAGCCUCUGUUGGAAGAAGCACAGGAGUGUAUUAAAAAGCAGUCUCUUGUACUGGAGCAGUCAAGGUGCUCGAGUAGCCAGUCUGUGGAAACAAGAGUUGACAACAAUCUGAAGGACGUCAAACAACAAAUUGCAGAUUUUGUCGUGAAAUCCUCUCGUCUUGGUCUUCUCAUUGACCCAAAGAGUGACUCUUCAGUGUCAAAAGUUGUUCAACAGCUUGCUUUUGUUGGUCCGCAGCUCUACCGCGAGGGGAAGUUCUACUCAAGGCGUCUGGUGGACGAUUGCUUCUCAAGUUUUGUCAAUAGACACCCACCGAUUGAAGAUGGAGUUCAACACCCACCAGAGGCGUAUGGUCUUGUGCAAAGUGCAUAUUUUCAUGGUCUCAAUCCUUAUGAGGAGCUAGUACAUUCUAUAUGUACAAGGGAAACUAUUGUCCGCUCCUCAAGAGGGUUGACAGAACCAGGAACUCUGUUCAAGAGUCUAAUGGCCAUCUUGCGAGACGUAGUUAUAUGCUAUGAUGGAACUGUGAGAAACAUCUGCAGCAAUUCAAUCAUGCAGCUGAAGUACAAAGAAGAAGACGACACAGACUUUCCAAGUGCUAUAGCUCCUGGAGAACCAGUGGGUGUCUUAGCUGCCACUGCUAUCUCCAACCCUGCUUAUAAGGCUGUGUUGGAUUCUUCUCAGAGUAAUAAUACUUCAUGGGAGUUGAUGAAGGAAAUACUUAAGACAAAAGUUAGCUACAAAAAUGAUGCGAAGGAUCGAAAAGUUAUCCUGUUCCUGAAUGACUGCUCUUGCCCCAAGAAAUUUUGCAAAGAGAAGGCUGCUAUUGCAGUGCAGGGUUGCCUAAAGAGAGUCACACUAGAGGAUUGUGCCACUGACAUCUGCAUCGAGUAUAAGAAACAAGUUAGUUUAGAUGCAAUUUCAGAAGCCACGCCAGCAUUUGUUGGCCAUAUUCAUCUUGAAAAGGCACAUUUAGAAAAGAUAAACGUUAGCACUGAUGAGAUUCUUCAGAAAUGCCAAGAAGUUUCUGGGAAACAUGCCAAUAAGAAAGGAACUCUUGGUCACCUGUUUAAAAAGAUUACUUUCUCUACUUGUGAUUGUUCAUUUGCGCAGAAGCCGGGUGAUGGGAAGGUUCCAUGUUUGCAGUUCUCUUUUUCUGAGGACAUCCCUAUGUUAUCUGAUUCCGUUGAGAAAGCAGUGAAUGUGUUAGCUGAUUCUCUCUGUGGUGUGCUUCUGGAGAUAAUCAUAAAAGGUGAUCCUCGAGUUCAAGAGGCUAAAAUUACGUGGGUUGGGUCUGAUGCAACAUCUUGGGUUAAACAUACAAAGAAGAUAUCGAAGGGUGAGCCAGCAGUAGAAAUUAUUGUUGAGAAAAAGGAAGCUAUGCAGAACGGUGAUGCAUGGAGAAUUGCCAUGGAUGCAUGUAUACCAGUCAUGAACCUCAUUGACACACAAAGGUCAAUACCUUAUGGUAUUCAGCAAGUGCGAGAACUUCUUGGCAUAUCAUGCUCCUUUGAUCAAGUUGUUCAGCGUCUUUCGAAAACCAUGAAGACGGUUGCUAAAGGAAUUCUGAAGGACCAUUUGGUUCUUGUGGCAAACAGCAUGACAUGCACUGGGAACUUGAAUGGGUUCCACAAUGGUGGUUACAGGGCGACCUUUCGUUCAUUAAAAGUUCAAGUACCUUUUACAGAGGCCACCUUGCUUACCCCUAUGAAAUGCUUCGAGAAGGCUGCCGAGAAAUGCCAUUCUGAUUCAUUGGGUUCUGUGGUCUCAUCCUGUUCGUGGGGCAAGCAUGCAGCACUUGGUACUGGGUCAUCUUUUCAGAUUCUUUGGAACGAAAAUCAGCUGAAAAGCAACAAGGAGUUUGGUGAUGGCCUGUAUGAUUUCCUGGCUUUGGUGAGGACCGACCAAGAAAAGGCUGCAUACACAUUCUUGGAUGAUGUGGAUUACCUUGUUGAAGACAACGCACUGGACGAUCUAUGCUUAUCACCGGAAAUGGAUGGGACCCAUGGUAUGCCCACUUUUGAAGAUAAUCCUGAACAACAAACUACUGAGAAGGGCAGCUCAUGGGAAAAUGGCACAACAGAGGGGAAUGAUUCUGGUAACUGGGGAGGAGGCUCAACAGUGGAGAAUAAUUCCACUGAUUGGGGAGGCUGGGGCACUGGACCUGCAAAUGACAACAAUAUUGUAUCCGGAGAACCAGCUGAGCCCGACACUUGGGCUGACCAGGGUGCUAAAAAGGAUACAGAAGGAGGCUGGAAUAAUGCAGCUGCAGCUGCUGACACAGGAGCUGCAAAACCAGCAGAGCAAGACAAGUCAUGUUGGAAUGCGCCCCCAGCAGUGGAGAAUGAUUCCUCUGGUUGGGGAGGCUGGGGCACUGGAAACGCAAAGGACAAAAAUAUUGCAUCUGAAGGAUCAGCUGAAGUUGAUACUUGGGCCGAUCAGAGUGGUAAAAGGGAUACUGAUGGAGGUGGUGCUAGCUGGGACAAAAUGAAAGUGAAGGAUCACAAUAUGCAGCAAGACCAAUGGGGUCAUGUGCCAACCCAGAAUGUUGAUGCACAGGAUGAUCCAUGGGGGAGUGCGGCAGGUGUGGCUCAACCUUCUACCGCAAAGCAUAUUGAUGCACAUAAUGAUUCCUGGGGGAGCGUGGCAGCGAAAGCUCAAACUUCUACUGCAGAGCAUAUGGAUGCAAAGAAUGAUUCCUGGGGAAAUGUGGCAGCUAAAACUUCUACUGCAGAGCCUAUGGACACGAAGAAUGAUUCCUGGGGAAGUGUGGCAGCUAAAGCUUCUAUCACAGAGCCUAUGGACGCAGGGAAUGGUUCCUGGGGGAGUGUGGCAGCGAAGGCUCAGACUUCUACUGCACAGCAGGAGUCCUGGGGUAAUGUGUCUGCUUCACCAUCAGAUAAUGCGUGGGGUGCUGCUCCAGUUUCCCAUGGACCUGAUAACUCGGAUGCAAAGCAGCCAGAUUCUUGGGAUGGCUGGGGUUCUGCUGCUCCAGUUUCCCAGGGAGAUAAUUCAGAUGCAAAGCAGCCAGAUUCUUGGGAUGGCUGGGGUUCUGCUCAAGCCGAUGACUCGAGUACUGAUAAAUGGAAGACCAAUGCUUCUGGCAGCAACAAAGGCUGGAAAUCAGAUGGAUGGGAGGCCAAAGAAAACCGGAGGGACCAAAGAGACAAUCCAGGCAGGCCUCCAAUGAGACCUCCUGUUGAGAGGCCACCAAGGCCACGGUACGAACUGCCAGCUGAGGCGAAAAAGGUUCUACAAGAAAUUGAACCCAUUGUAACAAUGGUCAGAAAGAUCUUCCGUGAAUCAAGUGAUGGCAUAAGGCUUCCCCUGGAGGACGAAAAGUUUAUCAUAGAAAAAGUUCUGGAGCACCACCCUGAAAAGGAAAAGAAGGUGUCUGGUGAAAUUGAUCAUAUAAUGGUGAACAAGCACCACGUUUUCCAGGACAGCCGGUGCUUCUACGUGGUGUCAUCAGACGGGACCCAAACAGACUUCUCCUACAUCAAGUGCAUGGACAACUACGUGAGGAAGAACCACGAGGAGCAUGCCGAGCUCAUCUGCGAGAUGCACUUCAAGAAGCGCAACCGCGAUCGACCAGCAGCGGUCGACGGAGCCGCGGCGCCAGCCACUGAAGCCGCUCCGUGCGAGGACUUGGAAGCCGCUCUGCCAGGCCCGCCGCCAGGAACUCCACCUCCGACAGCGAUCACCCAGCAGGAGACUCCAGCUUCUCCGGCUGCGGCUCCAGAAGAUGAUCUGCCUCUGCCUCCUCCCCCUCCGCUGACCCAGCAUGAGGAUGGAAUGCCAGAAGAUGAUCUGCCGCUGCCUCCUCCUCCUCCUCCACUGCCCCAGCAGGAUGCCGGAGCGCCAGGUUCAGCGCCAGAGGCAGGGGCCGGCGAUGACAAGUGGUCAGGGGCCGGUGAUGACAAGUGGGCGGGAGGCGCCGAUGACAAGUGGGUCUAGUGGUUGCUUAGGGUGUGGAAAUGAACUGAACUGAACUGGUUGUACAUACAUGCUCGUAGCGUCCCGUGCUGAAAACCCUUUCUGCUUGCCCUGACAGACUUUGAUGUAGAGGGGUGGUGGCGGUAGCCGUUGUUAGACCUGAUGAUGGGCUGCGUUUCCUGUCGUAUGCGAUGCGUCUUCCGGAUGAACCCUGUAAGUUCUGGGAGGUCGCCCCGUGUGCUGCCUAUGGUAAUCGCGACUAGUUUCGAUCCUUGUUUGAUCUCC